AUCCCGCGCAUCCCCCCUCCCUGAAUCUGCGAAUUUGGUCGCUGUGUUUGGUCGUCCGCCCCGAACUGCGCGUCGCGUCGUCUGUAACCUUGCCUCGAAAUAGAUUUUGCCGCAUUGUGAAACUGAAGAGCUUCACGAUGAGUUGGAGGGAUUCGUGUGUUUCGAGCUUGCCAUACUACUCAAUGAAUGGUGGAGGAUUAUCUCGCAGUAGCCACAUUGGCAAUAGCUAUGGUGGCUACCUCAGCAGUUUCAUACCUGCGCCUACUCCUGCCCCAUUUCAUUAUACCACGGGAAAGUAUGGCAAUAAUGAGGAAACAACGGCAAAGCAACUCUCACAGAUUGUCUUUUCAACCAAAACUCAUUUCAAGGCUUUGCCAGGCUAUGAAGGAUCAUCUCAUGGUUUUGAUCGAUUGUCACUUGGUGUAGAUUGUGAUGAGGUAUAUCCCAACUUGUUUAUAGGGGACGAGGGUUCAGCAAGGAACAAAACUUACCUCCGACGUUUGGGGAUUACCCAUGUUGUAAACACUGCUGAAGGUAAUCGGUUUGGCAUGGUAAACACAGAUGCUCACUUCUACCGUUCUGCAAGAAUUCAUUACUUGGGCCUACCAAUGUUAGAUCUACCCACUACAAACAUUGAGAAGUACUUUCACACAGCUGCAGAUUUUAUUGAUGAUGGAAUCAAAAGUGGAGGAAAAGUUCUUGUUCACUGCUUGAUGGGCAUGUCACGAUCAAGCACCAUUGCUAUUGCAUACCUCAUGAUCAAAGCAGGUAUGCCUGCUUCUAUGGCACUGCGGAUGUGUCGACAGAAUCGAAAUAUCCAUCCAAAUGAGGGCUUUCUUCAACAACUAGCAGACCUUGACAACCGCUUGCGCAGGGGUAGAGAACGAGUUCCGUACUCUUCUUAUUCAUCAUCUUUGGCUGCUCGCACCCACCGCCUUUGAUGAUCUGUGAACCACAACCACAACUCCACAAUCCCACAUUUCCUCAUGCUUGACUUCUCUUAAGUUCUAUCCAGCCAAACGCAGAGUAAAAUCCUGGGUCUUGUUAAUUUAUGACUUUCAUCUUGUUGGUUCAGAGUAAUGAUUUUUUUUACUUAAUAUUUUUACCUUGUUUUUAUUUAUUUAUUGGUGAUUUAAGCCUGACUAAUGCUGACCACUAAAGGGGAUGAAAGAGGCUGCUCUAAUUUGAGUUAGGAACUCUGAUGAUGUUUGCAGAUUCCUAACAGUGUAUCAUGUUGGGCCUUAUAACUGUUUUUAUGUUAUGUUUUCUGUUUAAAAGAAUAAUUUAUUUGAUCCCACUUUUAUAAUUAUUAGAAAAUUAAUUCUAAUAAUGUUACACGCAAUUACGCUUAUUUUUUUAAAUAGAUGAUCUGAUUUUAAAUGUAAUUAAUCUUGCUUUAUAUGCAAGGCAAUGCAUAAAAACAAAAAAAACAAAAAAAAUGAAGGAGAGCUAAUGUUUUUGUUUCUAAUUUGUUACUUUUUAAAAUCAUAGUGGAAGUUCUAUAGGAGCUCAAUAUUUUUCCAUCAAUUUCCAGUGAUGCUAUUAUUUUAUUGACACCUUUGAGUCCUUUACUUGAUCACAAGGUGCUCAUUUGUAAGGUCUGAUCCUGAUCAGGAGGAUUUUUCUUUAGGGCGGGUGUAUAGCGGAUGAGCAAGUGAAAGAAUGACAAAGGAUUGCCAUUCUGUAAAAAUAUUGAUGCCUUUAGCAAGCUUUGAAGAAAAAUGUAUAAAUUCACUCAGUUAGCAUAAAAUGCUCUAAAUUUGUUCACUUAUCCUCCCCCUGUCGCUCGCUCGCUCGCUCGCCCGCUCGCCCAACACUUCAAGAGUUAGCCUCCUGGUAUUUGAAAUCUGGGGCUCAAUGUGUUAAUAAUUAAAUUAAUGCUGUGAUUAUCAUCUUUGCAAUUUUUAUCACAUAGUUUAGAAUGUAACUGUGAUAAUCUUAGUAGAAGUCACAGUAGUUAGCAUUCAUAUGCAAGUGAGGUAUAUCCUAUUGCUUAAACAUUAUUAUCCAUCUAGCACAUUUCUAGGUUCACCAUAGUCAGAUGCACAUAUCACACUCAUCUGUAAAAUAAUGGUAAUGGGUUGGUGGUACUAUCUCCUGUAGAAACAUAGCUUUACAUCUUAAUUUUAUUUAAUUGAGUCAAAAUUGUGACCUUCCAGGUAUGUACUUAAAAUAAAAAUACCUCUGGUUACAAAUACCUGUCGCAUUUUGCAAUGAAGAGAUCCUAUUGUUGUGAGGUACCUUUGUAUCUGGGAUCUGGCUCUAUCAACAGAACACUGAAUUUUGGGAAACACCAUAGGUACUUUAAGCUUUUGUUAUUCAUAAUUUUGAAUAACACAAAAAAGAUUUGAUUACUGAAUUGCCUGUUUAUAAAGGACAAUCAUUCUCUACGUACUCGAGUAGUAUCAUAGACUGUAAGCAUAAGUGGGUAGUUAAAAAACUUGCAUUUUGCAUGACCUUUUCAAUAAGAAUUUGACUUGUUUCUCACCUUUUUUGUACCUGCUCAGGUGGUAAAAUGUGCUACUCUGUGAGUGUUGGCAGACAACUUAUUACUGCUAAUUAUAGGCCACAAAAGGUGUACAAACAGUAGUACUCAAAAUGUAGUUUUUAUCUAGAGUCCUUUGGAAAUUAUGUUGGGAUAUGUGUAAGCUAGCUUACUGUAUCUCCAGUAACAGUACUCUAUUUGUACAAUAAUCAUCUUUUUGCAUCCUCUUUUAGAAAUUGUAAUCAGGGCAGUAUUUUAUGAGUCUCAAACAUACUAUCAUUUACUUAUGUUUUCAAGGUUUGAGUUUAGUUCAAGUUGCUGGAUGAUUGACUGGGGCAACUUUACUUUAACAACUGCUAAUGAAUGUAUCUUAUUGGAGUAGUUAUAAUACAUAAAGACAAUAUGGUUUACCAUACUCAUGUGUCAAAUGUGUAAUUUGGAUUUUAUCUUAAAGUUAAUCUCAGGCUUGUUGGGUAGAUCGGUAGAAAAAAAAAGGGCUGUGCUUCUCACCUAUUUUAAAUGACCAAAGCAUAUUUAUUUUUCUGCAUUUAUCUUGCACAUCAUUUCAUUACAUUUUUUGUAGAACGAUAACAAUUUUAAGUUUGGGAGGAUAAUGUAGUUCAACCUAUUUAUUAAUUAAGGAUAACUGUGAUAUGUUACCAAAGGACUUGGUUCUCAUAUUCUUGUUUUCUGAAAACUAUUUCUAGUAUAUGUCACAUAAUGCAUGAUGGUGUGUCCAGAUUUUGAGGGUGCUUGGGCGUCCUCAGUACCUCUUUUUAAAAGCGCAAUCAAAAAGUUUCUGAAGUUUAAAAAAAAAAAAAAAACUUUUGGCGAGCGGGUUGGUGGAACUGAGGACCCCCCAAGCACCCUCUAUAUGAGGCGUAACCAAUGUAGAGAUUAUAGCACUUGUACAUACAAUACUUCCCCAAACAUUUUCACAUCAGUGGGUCAUGGGGGCUCAAAUAAUUAGGCCAUAUGCCCUAUAAAUUUUGUUUGUACAAAAAAUUGUUCAUUUUAUAGACCUGUUAUUGUUUGCAGUUUGCUUGUGUAUUCCUUUCAUUCAUUAACUUGCCCCUUCUAAUGUGGGUACUUGCUGAAUGAGUCAAUGACAAAAAGUUCUUUUCAGAAGAUCAUUGAUUUCAAGAGGCAUCAUAAUACCAGUAUUCUGUUGUCUAAAUUAUUGGAAAUUUCAAAUUUUUAAAAUAUCAAGAAAUGUUAGGAAGUUGAGUAGUUUAUUUGACUAGUCACCGUUGUCGCCAUAAUAUGCGAUUGGGUAAAUGAAGUAAGUGCUGUUUGUAACGGACCUUCAUUUGUUGUUAUUCAGAGCUCUUCCACUUGACUGAAACAAUAAAUACAUUUUAGCAUCUCUUCCACAAAA